AUGCUCAAUUACACAGGAACACAAAAUGGCGCAACCAUACUAGAAAUAAAACACAGAGACUCCUGCACCGGCCCAAAACCCGGCCCAGCCCAAAACCACCAAGAACUCCUAACAUCAGACGACACCCGAGUCCAAUCCAUCCAAUCCCGAAUACAAAACACACUCCCAGUCCCGGCCCAAAUCCCCAUAAUCCCGGGCCUCAACCUCCAAACCCUAAACUACAUCGUCACCAUCACACUCGGCGGCCGCUCCUCCACCGUCAUACUCGACACGGGUUCCGACCUCACCUGGCUCCAGUGCCACCCGUGCCGCCUCUGCCACUCUCAGCCGGAACCCCUUUACGACCCCUCAAAUUCCCCCACAUACGAACCCGUCCCCUGCAGUUCGCAAUCCUGCAAUUCCCUACUUUCCGCCACUGGCAGCUCUGGAAUCUGCCCCAAAAACGGAGGACCAACCUGCAAUUACGCGGUCACCUACGGAGACGGGUCGUACACGCGCGGAGACCUCGCCAAGGACGAUUUAGUCCUCGGGAGUGAUAAAUUCCCGGGGUUCGUAUUCGGGUGCGGGCGCGAGAAUAAAGGCCUGUUUGGCUCGGCGUCGGGAUUAAUCGGGCUCGGGAGGAGUGAAUUGUCGCUCGUCUCCCAAACAUACGGUGAAUUUGGCGGAAUCUUUUCGUAUUGCUUACCCGAUUCCUUAAACUCGGGCUCCUUGAUUUUAGGGAAUGGCACGCCGUUUUACAAAAACACGACUCCGAUUUCCUACGCCGGGCUCGUCCAGAAUAAUCCGAGGUUUGGCAGCUUUUACGCGUUAAACCUAACAGGAAUUAGGAUUGGGGGAGUUUGGAUAGGAUUGGGAGAUGAGGUGAUUGUGGACUCGGGGACGGUGGUCACGAGGGUAAAACCGUCAAUUUACGCGGGGGUUAGGGACGAGUUCGUGAGGCAGUUCUCGGGAUAUCCUAGGGCGCCCGGGUUUUCGAUUUUGGACACGUGUUUUGAUCUGUCGGGGUUCGAGGAGGUGAGUGUUCCGAGUCUGGAGAUGUGGUUUGAAGGGGGUGGGUGGAUGGGUGUGGAUGUUUCUGGAAUGUUCUAUUUUGUGAAGGGAGAUAGGUCUCAGGUGUGUUUGGCGAUUGCCAGCCUGGCGUAUGAGAGUGAGGUUGGGAUAAUUGGGAAUUAUCAGCAGAGGAAUUUGAGGGUGCUGUAUGAUACUAAGGAGAUGAGAUUGGGGUUUGCUAAGGAGACUUGCAUUUUUAGUUAA